AUGAACGAAGAUGAUCAAGGUAAUGAUAAUGAUCACCAAAACACAAUAACUAGCAACAAUGUUAACAGUGAAGAAGGACAACGAAGGCAACGAUCAGAUUCCACAGCAAGUAAUACAACUGAAGUAACGAAAUGUGAAAAAGAAAUAAAAAAGACAACAACGAUGACGAAAGAAGACGUUCUUUCUCAUUUCACUACAAUUGAUGGUAAUAUGAAAUGUAAACUAUGCAAAAAUGCUCAUAACGUUUUUAAAGCUAAUGAUUCUUCGGACACAAACCUUAGACGUCAUCUAGCUUAUGUUCAUAAUCUAAAUCAAUUUUUAUACCCAUCGCAAUUGCAAAAUCGUAAAAGAGCAUCAUUGAUUUCAACAAAACUCAAACAGCAAUUGGACAAAGCUGCAAUUGACGCGAUUUCUGUAGAUGGACGCUCUUUUGAAGACCUGGGGAAAGAAGGAAUAACAAAAUUUUUAAAUUUAUCUAAUCCAGGGAAAUUUAAAAUCACAACGAAUACUGAAGAAAAUCAAACAAAUAGUGACGAUGAUAUAUCUGUGGCUGAUGUUGAUAUUCCCGAUCAAAUUUUAAAUGAAAUGCCUUCUGAUCAAGAGAUUUUAUCAGCAUCAAUCUACGAUAAUGAUGAAGUAUUAUCAUCAACAUCAACAGAUGAUGAAAAUAAAAAUGAUUCAUCAGUAUCGUCAAGUGAUAAUAAUGAAGGUGAUUUAUCAUCAUCACUAACUGAUAAUGAGGAAGAAUUCCCAUCAACGUCAACAGGUCGACGUGGUGACAAUGAAUCGAUAACAUCGUCAAAUGAUAGUCAGGAAGAACAGGAAACAGCGAGUGAUAUCAGCGACGACGAUUCAUCAAUAACAUCAACUGACAACGACGAAGGAACUCUGGAUACGGUUGUUAUUUACUUCGACCAAAACAAAUUAUUUGACGAAUCUAACCGUGACCUUACUAUUUUAUUGUCUUAUGUUCAUUCAUUAUUAAAACGUACACGAAAACUAAUCAAUAUGAUACAUAAAUCUAGUGUGCUGGAUCGAUAUGUAAAGAUUCAACUAAAAGCUAAGCAACGGAAUGUUAAAAAUCAAUUGUUAAAAACUCAACAAGAACAUUACAAAGAUUUUAUCAUUGAUUUGAAAAUACGUUGGAAUACGACUUUCUUAAUGUUGGAACGUUUUCUAUCUUACUGUUCUAUAAUUAUUAACAUUACACAGCAUCCAUCGAAUGAAAUUGGUUUGAAUCGAAAACAGCAUACAGCUUUAACAAAAUUAGCUUUCAAUAGAACUGAUUGGGUUUUACUUAUGUCUGUCAAAAAUAUAACACUACUGGUAUUUCAAUAUAUUGUAAUUAACAGUCUACGAAAAUAUUUAACUACCACGACAAAAGACGAAGAAUUAUUUGAUAGUAUCUUGAAACAACAUUUGCUACAACAAUUUGAUUACUACUUUGGUGAUAACUUUAUUACAAAGGAGCAAAAUGAAGCAAGCAUAAUUUCUGCAUUUCUCGAUCCGGCACUUUAUCAUUAUUUAAUUCGUGAUCCACAAGCAACACCUACGGCUGAAAAGUUGAUUUUGAAAUUCUACGAAAAUAAUCGAAUUACUCCUAGAUCUACCUCAUCACAAACAACCAAUGUAACAAAUACAUCACAAUCUUCAUCAUUGAAGCAACAAUCAACAACAAUUAAAGAAAAAAUGCAUUUGUCUAUACUGAACAGAUUUUUCCAAACAUGUGGAAUAAACGAAACAGUAACAACUACGCCAAUGAAUAUUCAAUCGGUUUAUUCUAUAAAAGAACAAAUGUCAUUUUAUGUAACUAAAGCUAAACAGAUGCCAAAUUUUCAACAGUUCUGGACUCAUUUCGGUGCUGAACUACCCGAUUUAGCAAGAGUAGCUAAAUAUUUUUCAUCUAUGCAAGUAACAUCAUAUUCUAGCGAAUCUUCUUUUUCAAUGUCUGGAUAUAUAAAUAGAAAGAAUCGUUGUAGUCUAUCUUCAUCAGCACUUCGUUUUUCGAUGUGCUUGAAAAAACAAUAUGAGCAAACCAAAAUGAAGAUAUAA